AGUAGGCCUCGCUGCGAAAAGAUGAGCAGCACGCGGGAGACUGUCGCCAUUUAACAAAAGUAAACAACCUUGUUGAAAAAAUGUUACAAGAUUUGAUAAAGGAGCGACUGGCGGCGGCGGCUGAAGAAAUAUUCGCGCUGUUUGAGCGAACGAUAGCGUCGUACGAGGAGGAACUUUCUCGAACAAGAGAGAGCGCGAGACUUCGACAGCAGCGGGAAGAUGUGCACACGACUCACCAUGUUUUACAAGAUGUCCAGCUGCUGAUUGGACAUCAGGAAGUACGCCCCCCUCCGCCGCAGUGGGGCAGCGCCGCUUUGGAGCCCUAUGUUAAAGAGGAAGAGGAAGAGGAGGACGUCUGGACCACUCAGGGGGGACAAGGUCUCCUCGGUCUCACCGAGGUGCCACUCACUGGUGUCUCUUUGAAGAGCGGCGAAGAGAAAUCCCCCGAGUCCUCGCCGUUUCAUCACCGUCCAUGUGGGGAGGACCGAGGGGCGGAGUCUCCAAGACGCCAGGCAACAGAAGGCGACGUAGACCAGCGUGGAGGACCACCGGCGGACAAGAUCUUAGCUCCCCUGUCAGAAAGUGACGACGCGGAAACGGCGCAGACUCUCGGCAACAGGAAGACGUCACACGCGGCUAAAAAUGGCUUCAUCUGCUCCGUGUGCGGCGAAGGCUUUUCUUGCCAGAGCCGUUUGGAGGAACACGCGCGCACACACGCGGGCGCGGCGACUUGGACUUGUUCGCUCUGCGCGGAGACAUUCUCUCUCCAGACUCAAAUGCGAGCGCACAUGAGGACACACGAGAAACCCUUCGCUUGCUCCGUUUGCGGCCACGAGUUCGCUCGCAAGUCCAUCUUGAAGCGGCACAUGCUGACCCACACGGGGGAGAAACCCUUCCCCUGCCCGCUCUGCGGCCGAGGGUUCUCCCAGAAGUCGUGCAUGGUGUCGCACGUGAGGACGCACACCGGCGAGAAGCCCUUCGCUUGUUCGGUCUGUGGCAAACGCUUCGCCCUGAAGUCGUGCAUGGCGGUGCACGUGAGGACGCACACGGGGGAAAAACCCUUCGGUUGCUCAGUGUGCGGGGAACAUUUUUCCUGUAAGAGUAAUAUGAACGUGCACAUGAGAAGGCACACGGGAGAAAAACCCUUUCGCUGUCCGGUUUGUGGUAAAUGUUUCUCUUCGAAGGCAUUUCUGCGGACACACGUUCAGCGGCACCAGGGGGAGUGACCCCUUACCUUUCCAGCAUUUGUCAAUGUCCUCAAUUUACCCCAAUGUGGGACUAUUAUGUACUCAGUGGCAUAAUGUGGGACUAUUAUGUACUCAGUGGCAUAAUGUGGGACUAUUAUGUACUCAGUGGCAUAAUGUGGGACUAUUAUGUACUCAGUGGCAUAAUGUGGGACUAUUAUGUACUCAGUGGCAUAUUGUGGGACUAUUAUGUACUCAGUGGCAUAUUGUGGGACUAUUAUGUACUCAGUGGCAUAUUGUGGGACUAUUAUGUACUCAGUGGCAUAAUGUGGGACUA